AAUCCCGCGCCAAAUCGUUGCCGCGCGUCGAGAGAUCGAUCGAUCUCGCAGCGCCGUCGAUUCCGCGCGAGUGCGUCUGCUGCGGCUGACCAACCGUACGUGUGCGCGCGCCCGCGCGUAUUGGUGUGUCACGGCUGUGGUAUUGCGUAUCAAGUGUUAUGCCGUUUCCCCCACGAGAUUUCUGAACGGACGGCAAACAUGACGGGUUCGGUACCGGACAGAUGGUUAGAGUACAAACCUUUCGGCGAUGCGAUCAAGGGCACCAAGAUCAUAGCGUUCAAAGUGCCGCUGAAAGAUGCCAUAGCGAAGAAUUUGGAGCCGGAGCAACAAUUUACUACGAAAGUGUUGCUGCAAGCCUUUCCUCAUCUCAAGUAUAUCGUCGAUUUGACCAAUACGUAUCGCUACUAUGACAAAAAGGAAUUUACAAAUGCUGGUGUUAAAUACGAGAAGAUUGCUAUACCAGGGAGGAAGGUGCCGACUAUGGACAUAAUUCAAAAAUUCUUUAAAGUGAUGGAUGAUUUCACGUCGACAUGCGGCGAAGGUGAACUUAUAGGAGUCCAUUGCACACACGGUGUCAACCGUACUGGUUAUUUAAUUUGUAGAUAUCUCAUUCAACAGCUAGGUUGGGAAACCGAAGAUUCCUUGAAAGCUUUCGGAGAAGCACGCGGAUAUCCCGUCGAACGCGACAUUUAUCUCGCCGCGUUGCAGCAGGUCCAACGCGGUAAGAAGAUCGACACGAGCCAAGUCGUUUUGACGCCGGACGUUUCUGCCGUCAUCGCCCCAACUAGAAAGACUUCGUUGAAGAUGCGCUCGUCGGUGAAGACACUGUUAGGCCGGCCGAUGGGGCCGCCAGGAUUCGCAAUGUCGCGACGUGGUUUUGCGAACGGUGGGCCGUUCGCACCUCAGAGAUUCGCGGGUCCGCCGCCGGGAUUCGUUCCGAUGCCACCGCCCGGUAUGCCGCCUAUUCCGCCGAUGAGUCCGCCGCCCUAUGGGCCCAGGCCGUUUAGGUAUGGGCUACCGCCGAUACGCCAGGCGAUGCCGCCGACACCCGGGCCGGGAUGUUUCCAGCAUCCCGGUUUUCCGCCGCGUCCGCCAGGCCCGCCAAGGAUGGCAGGUCCACCGAGAUUACCGACCGGCCCAACCGCACGGUUACCGCCGCGGAAAAUGCUACCACCACCACCACCACCACCACCACCUCCGCCUUCCAGAUCAACCAAGCAGUUCCAAGUGCAAAAGAAACGGCAGGUUAGAAAUGGAAUCGCACAGCACGCCGUCAACAUUCGUAUGAGGCGGAACGGGCCGGCCAACAGAAUCGUGCCCAAAGCGCGUAAGGAACAGGACUUUACCAUCGACACGUUCGAGGAGAAUCUACUUACGACCACGAGUGUCGCGCAACCGCGACGACAAACGAAAGGACGCUUUAAUCAAGUCAAAUGACCAUGUACUCGCUAGGGAUGCGAUGUACUUAGACGCAAGAUUUUCCGUUCGACAUGUCGCAGUUGAAGCAGAGGUUCACAGUGUCUAAGAUAUCUCGUGCGCCAAGUCGCUGUUUUGUGUAUACAGAUACUUAACAGUUUACACGAUGAUUUUUGGACACCCAAAUGCAAAUGGACUGGAUUAUAUGACGUGUGAACUGUUACUACAUCGAUAUCAAUAGCACAUACCUCUGUCUCUCUCACAAACAUUAAUUUUAUAUUUUAUAAUAUAUUGAAGACAAUCCUAAUAACCGAUUUUAUCGAAAAUUUCACGACACCAAAAAUCCGUCUAUUUUUUUUUUGGGUUUAUGUCUGUGUACACAUUGGGUUAUGACUAUGUACACAUAAUUUUAUUUUAAUAAUUAAAAAAUUAUUAACUCAGCUGGCACACUGGGAACAAGACGUGGCACCACAAGUACAAUUUGCGUACUGUAAGGAGGCUUAAAUUUGAGUUGAACUAGGCUGGGGUGUUUAAUACCCCACGGUGCCAGCUAAGAGCUAAUUACGUUAAUUAAAUAACAAUAGGAUUUUAUUAAGAUUAUUCCUAGACAUGGUACCGUGAAAUUGCGAAAAUAUAAGAAACUAUAAUAUUUAUGUAAGAAAUUGUUUAUGUUUGUUUAACGGGGAAAAACGAAAUGUUAUAUAUAAAGACAGAACUGCAUCCGAUUCUUAUGCAGAUAUUUUCAUUUAUAGAUUAAAUAUGUGAGUACGCCAUUAUUUGGUUUCUUAUAACUUGAUGUUAUUACGAAAUUUUAGUUUGAGCGUUUACUAUUCCCGUUUAGUAUUGUACGAAUUGCACACACUUAAAAUCACUGACAAAUAUUGUAUUCAAACUGAUUAGUGAUUGUCUAAAAAUCAAAACAGGUGGAAAUCGGGCGGACAGACAACUCUGUGUACAAUUUUUAAAUGUGUGCAUUUAGGUGUAAGAGAUAUAAAUUAUAAAAAAUAAAAUUGAAAGUUUUUUUUUAUUCAUUCACAUUCGAGAAAUCGCAGUCAUCUGAAAUGGGCUAGACGGAAGUACAAUUCUGAGAAAUGCUUCUAGCAAUAUCGGUUAAUGCUAGUUAACUCCAAUUGUUAAUUAUUGCAUUGCAGGUUAACAGCAGUACGACAUUUCUACCAAUUUGGAAACGUGUCAGGUAUUAUAUUUAAUUUUACUUUUUUUAUACGACAGUAUCAUUUUUAUUUCAUACUAAGUCACGUGAGGGUUUGAUAUUUUUCCUUCGAUGUAGCUUAUUAUCGCAUCCUCUGUACAUUUGAGACAAUCCAUUCUUUUCCGAUUGCUAUAAAUCUGUUUUCGGGGGGAGAAUUACUUCCUACUAACACAGAGACCGAUGAAUGUUUUACGAGGAUGCUCGGUGGUAAAGUAGCUUGGUAGUUCGACGUUGUCGUUGCUAUAAGAUUACGUAGACAGGUACGCGCGUGGCGCGAACGUAAUUGAACGCACGCCUGGAAGAUGGGAGCGGGCCAUGGCUGCUCGUGCAUCUCGUGUAUCUCGUUCCGAGAUAUUAAAGUGAUUCAAUAUUCGGACCGGAGUCAAAGGGGUCACGCGUGUAGGAGGGACACGUCUCUCGCGCGCCCGACCAUAUAUCACGAACUGCCGUUGGCGUACAUGGAAUAAUUCCACGAGAAAUUGCACGCGUCACACGCGAGUAACGCCUUGAGCCUCGGGGGGGCUUUACCCGGCGGCCUUAAAAGUGAGACUUGGUGAUAGGAAGGGCAUAAAUUAAGUGCGUACGUGCGUACGUUUUGUGUGCUGCUUCCCUUCUGUCUGGUAGAUACGCAUUGCUCUGCUUCUAACGACGAGUAGCAAGUUUCGGCAAAUAUUAAAAUCGACAGCAAUUGAGCGAGAUAUGCUAUAACUGACUAACGCGAGCUCUGAGACAUGUAGUUCGUAGAUUAUUAACAAUUCUAACUACAACUGAAGAAUAAAUCAGAUAUAUUUGGUAUAUUUGAAUAUUAUGGCCGUGAAACAAUGAAUAGAAAUUACAGAUUUCACUUCUAAUACACGGUGCAAAGAUAAGAAAUUUAAUAAUGUAAAUUCCGUACUAAAGCGCACAACGAUUCCGAUUAAAACAAGUUGCUACAAUGACAUGAUAUCAUAAAAGUUACUUACUUUUUCUUUUCAACUAUUCGCUUGCACGGAGAAUAAUAAAACAGAUACAGCGCGUGAAUCGUUUGCUUUCAUCGUAGUCAAAUCAAUAUCAUGUUCCAAGUUACGCUCGUAGACGUAACGCAGGCACACCUCGGACCUCAAUGUCGGGAAAUAGAGAAGAGGAAAGAUGGGGGGAAGGGAGAGAGGGGAACGAUGACGACGUACGACGACGACGACGACGAGAAAAGAGGUCGUCGUGGAUACAAGGAAUUCGAAAACUUUCUCAGAGGUGGAAAGAUCGUCGCCCUUCUCGCCACGCUCCCGGCUCACGGGAGACAAUCCGAAAGUAACUUCUGGUGCGGGCUACUGGCGCCAUGGGAAACAAUCGUCCACCGCGAUCGCUGGGCGCGUCCGUGCGCUCGAGACAACUGUUUCCCCGGCCUCCGUACCUAUCUCUCAGUUAGACAUUAGAUUUAUCGACAUAUUUUCUCAGUCUUUUGAGAGACUUUAUUUACUUUUGUACAACGUCGUCCACCUCGCCCUCGUGCAUUACCGCUGCACGCGCGACUACCCGCCUUGUUUCGGACCACGCCGGACCCUGGUCGAUCAGAUCGGAGGGGGAUAGCAGAAACGGUGGUUUAACCGGGAAACUGAUCGGUGUUUGUAUAAAUUCUAUUUGGAACGGAAGAAAAGAUAUGCGUGACAAUCAAGAAUUGGAUAAAACGAAUUGGAUGAAAAUCGAGGGGCUUGUGGGGAACAACACGUCGCGUGGAGCAAAUUUGUCCGAAUCAGCAUUUAAAAGGAACUAUUGCUAUUAUCGUAAGAGUCGUAAUUAUUCUCGAAAAGUACGUGACAUUUUUGUAAUCAGGCUAACGAUAUGCUAUUAUCUUGAGUCUUGUGAGUGCACAAUGCGACUCUACCAUCGGUUUGUCACUUUUUGAGCAAAACGAUAUUCACGCAAGAGUAACGCAGUAUAAUCGAUCGUGAUGUAAGUGGAUAAUAUUUAAUAAGUGCUAAGUUGAAACGAUAACUUUUUCAGAGGUAUUGACAGAAAUUUCUAUUAUUACGAUCGUAAUCGAUGUAGGGUUACUGCGAACGAGAAGAUUGCAUGAUCUAACUACUGCGUGAUUGUCCGAAACGAUCUUUUCGGGUGCGUCUCGACGGAACUUUUCAAAUAAUUCGUAAAAACCCGCAGAGGGACAAACAAGUCCAUAAAGACCUCGCGUCAUCUCGCUGUUUCUUCUUCCUCACGUCCAGUUUCCUCUUUCGAUCAGUCGUUCUACAUGUCUUUGAGGUGCGAUCUAUCAGAAACACAGCUCGCAAAUCAGAUCAUUCGUAUGCUUAUGUGACUCGUAUCUGAUUUCGUAUGCGCAUCAAUAAUAAGUUGCAGAAUGAAACAAUUAUUAGGAAAAAGUAGAUGAAUUAAACGGAAGAAAUAAUGGAAAAUUUCUGCAAAAUUAAUUCUUAACUUUUCGUUAAAAGAAAUCACGUUUUUUGUCAUUUCUUUAUCGAUUGUUAGCAAGAAGAUCACUUCAGUAAAUAUAUCCAAAUUCUAUAUAUGUGUAGGAGAAAUAAUAUCUUAGCGUGAAUUUUCGUGAAAAUGAGGUAUACCUUUUAUUUCUUAGUUAUCGAAAUGGAGUAAAUAAAAAGGAGCAGGGAAAAGUGUCGAAAUCAACUUUCCAUUUUUAGAGAGCAAGGUUCAUAAUUUCGCAGAAUGAGUUCCUGCGAAUCCCUUUUAAUUCACCUAUUUUUUGCGAAUGCUAUAAUUCACUGGCGAAGGGAUCGGCAGCGAGCUCCCUUUCGCCCGACGUGGCAAUUAGUCCCGAUUAAUUCCUCAAAAAUGAGAAGGAAACGCGCGCGUGCUCUGCGGUAGGUAUAGAUCUUUUAGGGUAGGGACUUCGGAGUCGAAUAGAAGGCUAGCCACACACGUGGUUCGAGCGAUCUAGCCUCUCUCUCUCUCUCCCUUUUUCUCCGUGUGUCUUUUCUAUUCCCAUAGAUCCUCUAUUCCGUAUAUCCUCUCCUCCAGCCUCCGGCCUGUAUACUACGCGUACGUAUGCACGUCUCUCUCAUUGGCACGCCAAUACGCGAUGCGUGGCAGUGCACUUUAAUGCCGCGGCGCGGCCUACUUAGCAGCCCGCUUGAUUAACAUGGAGUGAUUAAUAGUUGCUCCCUCCGUUCGUAACCAACCCCAACAGCGGCGGCAUCGGAGAUCUAAUCGCACGAUAUUUAUUGCCCUGCGCGUCGUCCACCUCGGGGCCCUCGGCCACGGCGAUUUUGCGAGCCCGCUCCCUCCUUCCCUUAGCCCUCUUCCACGUUCUCCUCAUUUCGAUUUCGUUUAUUUUGGUUUUUAUUUUCGUCUUCACAUCGGCUCACCCGGAGCCGGUCCACGGGCUCCUCGCCUUCCUGAGUUUCGGCCUUCCAGCGUCGCCUGAAUUCCUCUCGGUUCCCGUUUUAGCUCGAGUUGUUAUUUCAUGAUAUUUAUUAAUGGCGAUUUACGCGACAUACGGCAAGUGCAUAAUAUCAGUUUGAGACAAGUGAGACGCGUAAGUUACUCUUUUUACAAUUUUGUUUCAGGAUAAUUUGCUUUGUUGCUCACGGCAAAGCCCCCCACUUAGCUUGUCCUAGUUAGUUUGCCCUAACUUUGAGUAUCCUAUCAUUUAAAAUUGCUCAUACGUGAUAUACAUCUACAGCCGUGUAUUUCGAUUCUAAUUCCAUUUGAAUAAAAAGAAUCUGUCUAUGCUUUCGAUAAAUUCGAGAUGAUACGCUGUUGGGUUUUGCGCGAGAGACAUAUCUAUCUCGUUUGUUCCCCCUUUACAUGUUGCGUCAGCGUUACGCGCGCGUUGGCGCCGCAUUCGUCUAUCCAAUCUGUAGCCGUGUUUACAAUCCCAGCUUCAACGGCUCGCAAUUGUUCUGACCGGGGAUGACUAUUUGUGAAUAGACAUGGACAUUUUGCUUGUUUAAGUGUCGAUUUUACAAAAGUGGUUAUUACAGAGGCAUCGAUACUAGAGGUGAUAGAUAUCCUCGGGGAACGUCGAAGAUAUAUGAAACUUAUACAAAUAUGAUUAUUUUUAUAACAAUUCCAUUCGAGGACGUCAUGUGGUAGUUUGGUAUAAUUUAAGGUAUUGUUUUAAAAAGCGUACCUAUCUACAAAUGUAACGUAUAUUUUUCUGCUCGAUGCAACAUUGAAAUAAAGGAGGAUUUAC